GCGCAAUCAGCUGAUCGGUGUUGUCAAUGAGGCCGCGCGAGGCUAGGGCUGGCUAGGGCUAGGAGAGAAAACAAUUCGGAUUUCGGUGAUUACCUGACAAGUCGUACAGCAAGUUUUGAAAACACCACCUUGAACAUGAGUGAAGGGAAAAAGUUGUCGAAAGAAGUUGUGGUUUCUCUGUCGGAACCAGUCAUUUUCCAUGGCAUGAUUGAAAAUUGGUCUGUUUUAAAAUGGGAGUUAAAAGAUUGGAGUUCAGUAUUUGGGGAAAGAAAGUUGCCCUUUAGGUGUGGUGUUAAAUCUUGUUCUCCUGAUCCAUUAUGGGAAGGAAAAUGUUCCAAAGAAAUGAUGACUUUAGAGGAAUUUUGCAGUCUCAAACUUGAGCAUACUGAACCAACUGAAGAUGGAAUGAAGUGGUUCUAUUUUGAUUAUCAACAAAUCAGUGAUUGGACUAGUGCCGAGAUCAAUGAUUUAAUCUCAAUCAAAUGGGAUGCUUUUGGAUUUCCAGAAAAAGGAGCGGAGGAUUCAACUAUUUGGAUCGGAAGUGAGGGAGCCCAUACCCCAUGUCAUUUUGAUACUUACGGAUGUAAUCUUGUUGCUCAAGUGAUUGGUACAAAAAGAUGGAUUUUGUUUCCUCAUGAGGAUAUGAAAGAUAUGAGGCCAACUCGUGUUCCUUAUGAAGAGUCCAGUGUGUACAGUUUGUGGAAUUUUAACUGCCCUCUGCCUUCUGAAUUUUACUCCAGACGCAACUGCAAAGCAUACAUAGUUGAUCUAAAGCCAGGGGAUGUAUUAUUUGUUCCUCGGCAUUGGUGGCAUUAUGUAGAGAGUUUAGAUUUUUCAAUCAGUAUUAACACAUGGCUGCCCACAAACCCAGAAGAUGAUGUUAGUCGUUUGGAUGAAGCUUUUGUUCAGUUAUUAAUUUCUCAAGUGUCAAAAAAUUUGUCAACUGACGAAAAAAGCAAAAUUUUAAAUCCCAAUGAAAACGAUGUAGUUUUAUUUGAUCUUCAGCACUCUGCAAGUAUUAUCUCUCACUGUGCAAAUAAUGUAAAACAAUUUAGACGAAAGUGCUCAGAACUUAAAGAACCUCCCGCAAAACAGCUAAAGAUGGAAUCAUCAGACCAAAUUGAACUUUCCUCAUUAUUGGAAAUGGGGAAUGCAAAAUUGGUGUCAUCCUGUAACUCUGAACAACUAAGAAGUCUCAUGGAUACAACAUGCAGUUGUGCAUCAAAGGAGAGACAUGCAAUGGCAAUGACACAAAGACAAGCUUCUGACUUCAACUCUCAUGUUAAGAAUUUAAUUAAUGCUUUCUGUCAUCCUGAUAUUGUUGCCCAGGUGAGAGAAAAGUUCAAUGAUGUUUUUGUAUUGGAUGAUCAUCAGACAACUGAUUCUGAAACUUUUGUGUAAAGAUUGAAAUAAAAGUAAACAAAAAAACAUUA